AUUUACUUUGGUCUUUUCGUCACUCUGUCGCCACCGUACAUGGUGAAUUAGUAAAAGAUGGCGGCUGUGGCUUUCGUCUGCCGCCGACCUGGCAGUGUCCUUCCCAGGAUUUCCAAAGCUGGGCCACCUGCAGUGCUGUCAGCCGUCCCUGCGACAGUCCAGCAGAGGAAGGUCCACCAUUCUGUCAUCCCCCGUGGCAAAGGAGGGCGCUCGUCCUCUAGUGGAAUUUCUGCCUGCGUUUUUGGGGCGACCGGCUUCCUGGGCAGAUAUGUGGUCAAUCACUUAGGGCGUAUAGGUACUCAGAUCAUUAUCCCUCACCGGUGUGACCAGUAUGACAUCAUGUACCUGAAACCCAUGGGAGAUCUGGGUCAGAUCAUCUUCCUGGACUGGGAUGCCAGAAAUCGUGAGAGCAUCCAAAAAGCGUUGGCUCAUUCCAACGUCGUCAUCAAUUUGGUGGGCCGAGAAUGGGAAACCAGUAACUACAGUUUUCAGGACAUCUAUGAGAACAUCCCUCGGGAAUUAGCCAGAGCAGCCCGACAAGCAGGCGUCACAAAGUUCAUCCAUUUAUCCCACCUGAACGCAGACAUCCGCAGCCCCUCCAAAUACCUGAGGAACAAGGCCGUAGGGGAGAGUGUUGUGAGAGAAGAAUUCCCAGACGCAAUCAUCAUGAAGCCUGCAGAGAUGUUCGGGAGGGAAGACCGCUUCUUCAACCACUUUGCAAACAUGCGCUGGUUUGGGAAAGCCGUGCCUCUGAUCGCCCUGGGGAAGAAAACCACCAAGCAGCCCGUCCACGUGGUGGAUGUGUCCAAGGCUAUUGUCAGCGCCAUCAAAGACCCAGAAUCCAACGGGAAAACCUAUGCUAUAGUUGGACCUCACCGAUAUCUCCUGCACGAUCUGGUGGAGUACCUGUAUGCCGUGGUGCACCGGCCUUUCGUGCCGUAUCCUGUACCACGCCCUCUGUAUCAUAUGGCUGCGAGGUUUUUUGAGCUUAACCCCUUUGAGCCGUGGACAACCCGUGACAAAAUAGACCGGCUGCACACCACGGACAUGAAGUACCCCGGGCUGCCGGGGCUGGAGGACCUGGGCAUCACGCCGUCCUCUGUGGAGCAGAGAGCCAUCGAGGUCCUGCGCCGGCACCGUCGUCUCCGCUGGCUGGAUGCUGAGCUGGGGGACGCCAAGCCGGCCAAGACCGUGGACUUCUGAACGCCCCCACACUCUCCUUUUACAACUCUCCUGUAUAUAACUUAAAUGUUCAAUCUAAAUAAUAAAAUAACUUCUGAAAGUUGUUUGAAGAUUUGUUUAGAGAAUUGUCACUUUACUUGAAGGUGAGGGAGCUAAUUGGAUUUGCCUUUACUCUUACUAUGAUCCUACCCAUGAAAUUCCCCUUUGUUUGAAUGUCCUGCAAAUCAGUCUGAUGCUGAAGAUGCUUCAGUCGUGCCACAGGAAUAACUUUUUUCUUUAUACAGUGGCUAUGUACAAUGUAACUGAAAUAAUGACAUUUCAACCACAAUGAUAGGAUUGAUGCAGCAGGUUCUGUCCACUCUGUACAACCCCAGGCAAAGAUGAUGGAAUCCGCACACUUGGAGGAUGUUCAUCCCGAUUUUUUACUUCAUAGCAAAUAAACAAAUCACAGAUCUGACACAAAACAAUUUUUGUUUAACAGCUGAACUUUCUGGCUUGGUGAAAGUUCUCAUAAAUUAAAUGCAUAACUAAGAGGAUAUUAUUUUCCAGAUAAAGUAGGGGAAAAAAAAUCACAAUUAGUACUUUGUUGCUCUUCCUCAGGCUUGUAUAACGGCCUGAAUUCUUCAAGGCAUGGACUGCACUAAUGAAAAAAAUAGUCUCCAUCAAGCUGGUUCCAACUUUCUCAAAUAGCAGCUGACACAUCAUCCAGCUUUGCUGGAUGGAGCCUUGUCAUGGACCAUUUUUUAUUUUAUUUCCACCAUAAAUUAAGAUUAAGAUUAAGAUCCGGACUAUUUGCUGGCCAUGUCAUUGAGUUGAUAUGCCUUUCCUGAAGAAAAGCUUUAACACUCUUUGCUCUGUGGCAAGAUGCAUUUUCAUCCUGAAAAAUUACUUCCUCAUCACCAAACAUUCUAUCUUUCAUUCUUUCCAAAAUAAUGAGAGAAGUAUCCAAAAUUUCAAUGUACACCUGUGCAUUGACUGUUGAGGUAAUGCUUGCCAUCUCCCCUGGUCCUUCACCUGACAUCCAACCCCAUAUCAUAAAUGACUGGGGAAAUUUGCUUGUUUUCUUCAGGCAGUUAUCUUUGUAUGUUUCAUUGGAACGGCACCAGACGAAAGCAUCAUCGCCUUGGUCAAUGCAGAUUUGUGAUUCAUCACUGAAUAUCACUUUCAUCCCAUCAUCCACACUGAUUUCUUCUCUUUAGCCCACUGCAACCUUGUUUUCUUCUGUUUAGGUGUUAGUGCUUGUUUUCGUUUGGCUUCUCUGUAUGUGAAUCCCAUUUCAUUCAGCCGAUUUCUUACAGUUCUGUCACAAACAUUGACUCCUGUUUCUGCCCAUUUGUUUUUCAUUUGUUGUGCAUUUUCUAUUUUCAAGGCAUAUUGCUUUUUAGUUUUCUACCUUGUUCAACCUUGUUUUCUUUAGUUUUCUAUCCUGAAGCUCUGACAUCUUCUGUGGUCUACCUGUUUGUUUUGCAUUUAUAACCUUCCCAUUUUGUACAUACUUGCACCACAUUUAAUACACAGCUGACUGGGAAAAACCAACAUCUUUUGCCACGUUCCGUGUUGGACUUCCAUCCUUUCCAUUGUUUAAGUUGACAGCUGUCUUGUUUCUCUUCAAGUAGCCAAGUGAAACAGCAGGUCUGCAAACACAGACUCAUUUGCAUAUUCAGACUUGUUCUGGUAUUUGUUUUAGAAAUACAAGUGAUUCCAUAAUUUUCUCCUCAACUUGAUCUGGAAAAAAGUAUUUCAUUAAUUAAAUUAUUUUAAUCGAAUUUGUUUGAGGAAUGUUUCUUAAGAAAUUAUUUUUGAGAUCUGUAAAUUGUUUAUUUGCUAUGAAGCAAGUUGGCUUGCGCUUGGCAGCCUACCAUCGUCACACUGAUGAUUGGGUACAGUGUAAACGCAUGGUUUCCACAGAAUCAAUGUAAAAUCUGCUUGUCUUUCCACAGUAUAAGAACUUUGCUUAGCUUUUGGGUAAAUAUAGGAAUGUUGGCUAAAUAAAAUGCGUCAGAAAUAUCUUGUAGUUUAUGCUGAAAUGAUUGACGUAUUUGUGAUUGAUCGGAUCAUGGCUUUUAUGAUUAGAAUUCCUCCAUUUGACGUAAUGUACCUGACCAUGGCACUAGCACUAACUAAACUUUUUUUUUGUAUGAAACAAAUGAGUCACCCUACCAUUAGAAAUAAAAAAUUUUUAUAAGUGGUCA